AAUUAAAAAUAGUAUACCAUUUUUUCAUAACUGUUAUUAGUGUAAUAUACAUUCGGACACUAUUAAAUUCUAUUUGUUCCUAUAGAACUAUCAUAAGAAGAUGAUAUCAUGAAUGAGUUCAUAAAUAAAACUGCUGCAUUACAUAUUCUGAUGAACUGAUUCAACAACUUUCAUUAACUAGAGGACCACAAGAGACAUCAAAAUGGUUGAGAACUUGACGCCAGAACAAAUUCAAGAAUAUCGCGAAGCAUUUAAAAUGUUUGAUAAGGAUGGCGAUGGUACCAUAACAACAAAAGAACUUGGAACAAUUAUGAGGUCAUUAGGUCAAAACCCAACGAAUCAGGAGUUAGAAGAUAUGGUUAAUGAGGUUGACGUUGAUGGAAACGGUGAAAUAGAUUUUGAGGAGUUCGUUAUGAUGAUGUCAAAAAAAGUUCAAGACGCUGACACUGAGAAAGAACUUAAGGAAGCAUUUAGUGUUUUUGAUCAAGAUGGAGAUGGGUUUAUAAAUACAAAAGAACUAAAACAGGUGAUGGCUAAUUUAGGAGAGGAUUUAGCAGACGAAGAUGUAAUGGCUAUGAUAAAGGAAGCAGACAAAGACGGAGAUGGCAAGAUUAAUUUUUCAGAAUUCUUUUAUAUGAUGACAUGCGAUGAACUAAAGUAAUUAGAUCGCAUGAAACAACUAGAGGCAGCAAUAUUAUUGAACGAUUUGUUUAAAUUAUGAAUGAAGAUGUAAAAAAUGUAAUCAAUAGAUUGAGUCUCACAUUUAAAUUGUUUAAUGUGUUUAAAUGUAUUUGUGAAACGAAGUUGUUUUAAUGUCAACAUUGUUUGCUAAAUAUACAUAAUCGUUUGCAUAUUUGAAACAGACAUUGAAUUAUUUGUAAAAUUGUGUAUGCAUUUUUGUUUGUAUAUUCAAUAUCGUUGUUUUAAAUCGC